CGGUAAUGCCUUAGCCCUGAAACUCAAUGAACACGGAUUCCGAGUCUACGCCACGGUUUUGGACACAGAGAGUGAAGGCGCGAAGAAACUCAUAUCUGGACAACGAUUUGAAGGCAAAACCAAAGUCAUGAGAAUGGAUGUGACGAGUGAUGAAGAAGUGAAAGCAGUUUACGAACAAAUUCAGAAGGAUUUGACUCAAAAUGAGGAACAGUUGUGGGCAGUGGUCAACAACGCCGGUAUCUUAACUCUUGGACCUCUAGAUUGGGGAACAGUAGACACUUAUAAACGUAUUUUCGAAGUCAACACAUUUGGUAUGGUUAGGGUCUCCAGAACAUUCCUACCAUUGAUUAGACAAUCAAAAGGCCGUAUUGUGAAUCUGGUGUCAAUGGCCGGGCGUUUGACGCCCGAGAAUCUGGGCAUCUAUUCAAUGAGCAAACACGCGGCCAUCUCUUUCUCGGAUGGACUCCGACGUGAGACCCGGAAGUGGGGAAUCAAAGUAUCGACUAUAGAGCCGACCGCCUAUAAGACUCCGAUGGCUGGACCCGAUUACUUCACUCGGGAACUGGAAAAACAGUGGAACGAGAGUUCGGAUGAUGUGAAGCAACUGUACGGACAGGCAUACUAUGACCACUUCAAGCAAAGGAAGGACAGGCUGACUGUAGCCAAGACUGGCAAAAAUAUCUAUGAAGUAAUCGACAAAAUGAUUGAUGCCAUCAGAAGUCCUGACCCACAAAUCAGAUACGUGGCCGUACCGGGAAAGGCAUACAACAAAAUCGCUAUAUUUUUAGCCCAACUCAUGCCAUUAGAAGUUUAUGACUCUAUCUUCGCUCAUAAGAGUACCCGAGAACCCAAACCCUCAGGUCUUCAGCGACUCGUAAAUGAGAAAUAAUAUCAUAAUAUUUGUGAACACAAACUCACUAUAAAAUUGAAAAUUGCUGGUUAUACUUUUAUUUAUAUUGAUACUAAUAAUCCACUAUAAAGUAUCUAAUUGCUGUGUAAUGAAAUGCCAUU